CUGAGAUUCAUCUCCCCUCACCUCAGUUCCCCGCAAUCGAAAGAAACAGCGAGGAUCGAAGCCACGACCAAAAAGCACACCCGUAGUCGACCUUUAAUAGCAACUUUUGGCGCACGCGACGUUCCUAGCGCAUCGCGGAGUGCAACCGCUGAUCGCGGUUCGAUAUCUCGAGCCCCUUCUCGCCUAGUUAUCAGAGUUCUUAUCGAGGGGUUUGACGAUCGCAGCUGCACGCUGAGGUAGUGAACCUCAGCCACAAAAAGAGUUGGGUUGAAUAAAUACUGGCACAAGGGUCGAAGCAUCUAAAUCACGAAAAAUCUGUUCUACAAGCAGCCAUGGCCGAUCGCAUUGGACCUGAUCACUCACCAAAGCGUAACAUUGGAGAGAAAGCAAGACGUUUCGCAAAAGCAUUCACUACCAAAGAUGGACUCAUUGGGAAAUACGACUAUGCUUUCCUUUUCAAGCCCAAUAUCCCAUUCAUGAAGAAAGAACGCCGGGCAGCGCCUUUCUUCGGCCUCAAUGACAAGAUGCCCGUUUUCUUGGCCCUUCUCCUAGGCUUUCAACAUGCGCUUGCUAUGCUAGCUGGUGUAAUCACACCAGGUAUAAUCCUGGCCAACGCUGCUCACUUGACGUCGGAUCAACAACGAUACCUUGUCUCCACCUCCUUGGUAGUCUGUGGUAUCUUGUCAUCUAUCCAGAUCACUCGUUUCCACAUCUGGCGAACUCCAUAUUACGUCGGUACUGGUCUCAUCUCCGUCGUGGGUACUUCGUUCGCUACGAUUCCUGUUGCUACUGGCGCUCUCAGUCAAAUGUAUGCAACUGGUUUCUGCCCCACGUCUGCAAACGGCACGAAACUCCCUUGCCCGGAUGGCUACGGAGCUAUCCUAGGCACCGCAGCAUGCUGCGCGUUGCUUGAAAUCGCAAUGGCCUUCACUAGCCCCCGCGUCCUGAAGAGGAUAUUCCCUCCCCUUGUUACCGGCCCAACUGUUAUGCUUAUUGGUGUCAAGCUUAUUCAAUCUGGCUUGCAAAACUGGGCUGGUGGCUCAGGAGACUGCAAAUCGCGGCCUACAUCCGGUUUGUUCCAGUUAUGUCCUAACAUCAAUGCUCCGCGUCCCUUGCCCUGGGGUAGCGCUGAGUUCAUCGGCCUCGGUUUCUCCGUCUUCAUUACAAUCAUCAUUUGCGAGCGCUUUGGUUCGCCAAUCAUGAAAAGCACGGCUGUUGUUAUAGGGCUCCUAGUUGGCUGUGUGUUGGCCGGGGCCUGUGGCUAUUUUGAUCGAACUACUAUUGACGCUGCGCCUGCUGUGAGCUUCAUCUGGGUGCAUACGUUCAAGCUCUCCGUCUAUGGGCCGAUAGUGUUACCGCUAUUAGCGGUGUACAUGGUGCUCGCUAUGGAAGCCAUUGGCGAUAUCACAGCAACAUGCGAUGUCUCGCGCCUUGAAGUGGAUGGCGAGCUCUUCGAUUCCCGCAUCCAAGGCGGUGUCCUCGCGGACGGUCUCAACGGCAUCAUCGCUGCGUUAUGUACCAUCACGCCCAUGUCCACAUUCGCGCAGAACAAUGGUGUCAUCGCGCUUACACGCUGCGCAAACCGCAAGGCCGGCUACGCAUGUUGCUUCUGGCUUAUCAUCAUGGGUAUAUUCGCCAAAUUUGCGGCAGCGCUUGUGGCCAUCCCUUCGGCAGUCUUGGGCGGCAUGACUACGUUCCUGUUCAGCUCUGUCGCCGUGUCUGGUAUCAGGAUCAUCAGCACGAUGCCAUUUACGCGCCGCAACCGCUUCAUCUUGACUGCUGGGUUCACACUCGGUUUCGGCGCGACCAUGGUUCCCGAUUGGUUCUCGCACGUAUUCACCUACACUGGCCCCAACCGCGCCCUCCUCGGCUUCUACAAUGCCAUCGUUCUCGUCAUGGAGACUGGUUUCGCACUAGUUGCAUUCAUCAACGUCAUUCUUAACCUCAUUUUGUCUGAGGAGAUUGAAGACGAAGAGAUCCCGGAACUCACUGCAAACGAAGUGGACGCGAGAGGCGACAAGGAAGAGUGGGCCCGGAUCCAGCCAGGUCACCUCAAAGGCAGCGAUGAGGAGGCUAGGGCGAGCAGCGAUAUUGCACGUGCUGGGAAGUCUACUUAGACCUGUGGGCGUAUAUAUCGAAUGUGUAUGUAAGUAACGAUUAAAAACUAAGGAUUAAGGAGUGAAAAUG